AUGGGGAAGAAGGAUAUGGCUGUGAAAGACCAUCCAAAGAAUGUCUCUUCAAAGAAGAAUUUUACCAUCAGAUUGGUAGGAAUUGCAGCUGUGGUGAUGUUCACUUUGAUGAUGCUAUAUCAGAAGAAGGAUCGUGUCACUGGUUACUAUAGUUCUUACAAAGGCAAGAGUUAUAUGGAUAGUGGUGACUAUAUUUAUCCAUCAAGAGUUCAAUAUCCACGUAAUGAAAACGAUAAAGAAAAGGCAGCUUUUGUCACUUUGGUUAGAGACAGAGAUCUUUAUAACCUAGUGGACGCUAUCAAGCAUGUUGAAGACAGAUUUAAUAAGAAUUACAAUUAUGAUUGGGUGUUUUUAAGUGAAACCGAAUUUUCUCAAGAAUUUAUUGAUGUUACCACUGCUUUAGUCACAGGUAAGACUAAAUAUGGGUUGAUCCCUGAAGCUGAGUGGACAUAUCCAGAAUGGAUUGAUCAAAAACGUUGUGCAGAAGUUAGAGAAGAAAUGCGUAAGAAAGAAAUUAUUUUUGGUGAUAUGGAAUCUUACAGAUUUAUGUGUAGAUACGAAAGUGGUUUCUUUUAUAGACAUGAAACCAUGGAUGAAUACGACUGGUAUUGGCGUGUUGAACCUGAUAUCAAGCUACACUGUGAUAUCAACUAUGAUAUUUUCAAGUUCAUGAGAGAAAACAACAAGAAAUAUGGGUUCACCAUUUCUAUUCAUGAAUACGAAGCCACCAUUGCAACUUUAUGGAAUACUACCAAGAAAUUCAUGGAAUUGUAUCCUGAAUAUUUACACGAAAACAACAUGUUAGAUUUUAUUAGUGAUGAUGACGGUGGAUCUUAUAAUAACUGUCAUUUCUGGUCGAACUUUGAAAUUGGUGCUUUAGAUUUCUGGAGAGGAGAAGCUUAUUCCAAGUAUUUUGAUUUCCUAGAUCAAGCAGGUGGGUUCUUCUAUGAAAGAUGGGGUGAUGCGCCAGUUCAUUCCAUUGCCGCAGCAUUGUUUUUGGACCGUGACGAAAUUCAUCAUUUCAAUGAUUUAGGUUACUUCCAUAACCCAUUCCAUUCAUGUCCAGUUGAUGAUGUUGUUAGAUUUGAAAACAAGUGUGCCUGUGAUCCAAAUCUAGAUUUCACCUGGAAGGAUUUCUCAUGUGGUGUAUUAUUCUACACUGUCAACAAUUUAAAGAAACCUGAUGGAUGGCUAGAACAUGUCAGUUAG